AUGUCAACUCUUCGAGGCAUAUCAUCGAAGUCGUUCCGACUCCAGCGAAUAUCAUAUUCUACGCCCUUGCGACCAUCAUGUCGGUCGUUUCACUCUUCACGACCGAAGCAAUUCAUUGAGCCAGCCAUUGCACAAACCCACCUAAUACUCGAGACUAUACACACCGCUACCGGCCUUCCUUGGGUAGCUGCAAUACCACUCACAGCACUUGCAAUUCGAGCUGCAGUUGUGCUACCGCUUUCCAUUUGGGGCCGAAAAUCUGCCCAAAAACGACUGGAACUUCAACCUUUAGUGAAUGCCUGGCAACGCCAAAUAGUACGUCGUGGAGUAAAAGGGUUAAAUACGCCAGAUCGGGAAUUAUCAAUUCUGGCAAUGAAAGUGGCGAAAUUGCCAGAUCCAGUCGGCCACCCCCGCUCCCAAGAGGUCAUGAAAAGCCUGCAGUACGUGGUUCGUGGCGGGAUCUACAAGCGGUGGGGAUGCAGAUGGUAUGCAAGCUUUGCGCCCAUUCUUCAGCUCCCGGUCUUCCUUCUCGUGAUCGAAACAUUGCGGAAGAUGUGUGGAACGCACGAAGGAUUGCUAGGAUUGCUGUCGAAGCCAUUUUUGAUGGCGUCCGAAGCUCUCAAAAGCAUCGAUGCGGGUCGUUCAGACGUGCUUGACGCUCUAGCAACGAGCCAUGCGAAUAUUCCAUUGGAGACGUCUAUGUCAUAUGAAGGCGCGCUCUGGUUUCCAGACCUUAUUGCGUCUGACCCGAUGCUCGUCCUCCCUUUUAUGCUUUCUGGUGUCAUGUUCGCCAAUAUUUCCUCUGCUAGCAGAGGAGGCGCCAGAGGGGUGGAGAGGACAAAGCGCCAAAGAUGGCUCACGAAUACGCUUAAGCUAAUGGCCCUGGCUGUUGGUCCAGCCACACUCCAGAUGCCCAGUGCCUUGUUGAUUUACUGGAUAUCCAGCUCAGCUUUUGGUUUGGUUCAGUCUUUUCUGCUGGACAAAUUCAUGCCGCUGAGACUCCCAGUCAAGCCACUGAAGCCGCCGCAAAACAUCUCUCUUCAGGGCAAGCCAAAUGACAAUCAAAAUGGCAAGAGGUGA